UUUUAACAACAUCCCGUGCUACAAAUUUCCCAUCUUCUUCAUCUUCUUCCUCUCUCUCUCUCUCUCUCUCUCUCACCACUUGCAGAAGAAGACACCAUAAGAACGUGUUCCAUUUAUUUCUUCUUCAAUUUCAACCAUCUCUCCCUUUUCCCUCUCCUUAAUCUCUAAUUCAAUCUUCUUCACUCACACUUCUAUCUAUUUCUCUUAAUUUCUUCAAGGAAUUCCCCUCAAGGAAUUCGUUGUGUUAAUUUAGAGGAGGGGAAUUGGAUUAAGGGUUUGAUGAUCUUUGAAUCAUUGAUUUGUUGAGGGAAUCAUUUUUUUGUUUUCUGAAGAUCGGAUCGGUGCGUCUUGAUGGCGUCAUCUGUUCUUUCGAACUCCGAUCGUGCACGGGAGUCUUCUUCGAGGAAGCAAAAGAAGAAGAAAAGCCAUGGCAAUAGAGAUCAUCAUCAAAACCAGAAUCAUCAUAUUAAAUGGAAAUCUCAAGCUCAACAGGAAAUUUACUCAUCUAAGCUAGUACGAGCAUUGAAUCAAGUCAGACUCGGUCCUUCAAACGAGGCGCCGCCACGCCGCGGCAGAGCUGUACGUGAAGCCGCCGAUAGAGUCCUUGCCGUUGCCGCCAAGGGGAGAACUAGAUGGAGUCGAGCCAUAUUAACGAACAGGUUGAAGCUCAAGUUCAGGAAGGCGCCAAAGAGACAGAGAUCAACAUCCACCGCUGGAAACAACCGCUCAAAGAAACCUAGAGUCAGCGUAUUGCGGUUGAGAGGGAAAUCCUUGCCGGCAGUACAAAGGAAAGUUAGGGUCCUUGGUCGGCUGGUUCCCGGUUGCCGGAAAGAACCAUUGCCGGUUAUUCUGGAAGAAGCUACCGAUUACAUAGCUGCACUUGAAAUGCAAGUUCGAGCCAUGAGUGCCCUUGCUGAGUUGCUCUCGGCUUCAACUUCUGCUGCAGGCUCUAGUUCAUCUCCUCCAAGCUGAUUCCUCGCUUUUCCCACUGGUGUUUUCCUUUUCCCCAUAAAUCCUACCAUUUUUCUGCUUCUUGUUUCUUUGCUUUGCUUGCUUCUAUACAAGUGAAGCAAUUAUCUGUUAAAUAUGAUUGCUGCUUUUUCAUCUUCCCCCAUGAUAUUCUAUUUUUUUUUUUCACUCAUCUUCUUCCCCAUCCUCUUGAAUAACUUCUUUGGAAUCCUAUGCCCAUAAAGGAGAAAACCAAAAAAAAAAAAAAAAAAAAAAAAGAGAAGGGAAAGAACAACUUCGAAUUCGUACAUAAUUUGUGCUGUAAUCUUCAACUUCCUCAAGCUUGUUCGUUGUUUUAGAUUUACUGUUGUGGAUUUAUUAACCCUCUUAAUAACAUUCUGGAUUCUACAGAGUUAAUGAGAA